AUGUCGCAGCCGUGGUUCACCGGCUCCGGCGCCGCCGCCUCCCGGCCCCCGCCGCGCAACCGAUCCCCAUACCUCCCGCCCCACGCUCGCCUCCAGCCGGAAAUCACCGUCACCGUACCCCCCCUCCACGCCGGCCGUCGCCGGCCGCAGCCCAACACCUCCGGGCAGCCUGACAUCUCCCGGAAGCUCGAAGACCUCGAGAUCACCUCAAAGCACGUGGAGGAUGCCGAGCCGGAGACGAAGAACGCCUCCGCUCACGACGACACCCCGGUGGAGGCGACCGGCGCCGACAUUCCCCCGCCGGCGGCGUCGUUUCUGGAGAUGGGCUUCCCCGUAAAGGCUCUGAUCGACAACAUUAGGAGGUGUAGGUACGUGAGCCCCACCCCCAUACAGAGGCACGCGAUCCCGGCGGCGAUGGCCGGGAGGGAUCUGAUGGCGUGCGCCCAGACGGGUUCCGGAAAAACGGCGGCGUUUUGCUUCCCCAUUAUAAACGGCGUUAUGCUGGAUAAAGAGCACGGCAAGACCCUCAACGGUGGUCGAGUGGGCCCUACCCAUUUGGCUUCCCCUUUGUCCCUGAUACUUGCUCCGACCCGAGAGCUCGCUUGUCAGAUACACGAUGAGGCCACCAAGUUCUCAUAUCAAACUGGAGUCAGAGUUGUGGCUGUUUAUGGUGGGGCUCCUAUGUUCCAACAGUUGCGAAAACUCGAAAUGGGAGUUGAAAUCUUGGUUGCGACACCAGGCCGCUUAGUGGAUCUGAUAGAAAGAGGAAGAGUAUCCCUUAGAAACGUUAAGUACUUGGCACUGGACGAGGCUGACCGGAUGCUCGACAUGGGCUUCGAGCCCCAAGUCCGCAAGAUUGUUCAGCAAAUGGAGAUGCCCCCGCCGGGCUCGAGGCAGACAAUGCUUUUCAGUGCCACAUUUCCAGAUGAAAUACGGAGGCUUGCAUCGGAUUUUCUCACGAACUACAUCUUUCUUGCUGCUGGAAAAGUCGGAUCGAGCACCGAUCUCAUUGCUCAGAGAGUUGAGUUUGUUGAUGAGACAAACAAACGGGACCAUUUGGUUGAUAUUCUUCGUUGCCAAAAGACCAAUAGUGCCCCUGCUAAGAAUGCUUUGACUUUAGUCUUUGUGGAGACGAAAAAAGGAGUAGAUGCUCUCGAGCGCUGGCUGAACACAAAACGCUUCUCUGCUGCUGCUAUCCAUGGUGACAAACUACAAAUGGAGAGAGAAAAUGCUUUGAAAUCUUUCAGAACCGGUCGAACCCCAAUUCUGGUAGCUACCGAUGUGGCCGCACGGGGACUCGACAUUCCGCACGUGGCACACGUCAUAAACUUCGACUUGCCACGGUCCAUAGAAGAUUACGUCCACCGGAUUGGAAGGACCGGCCGGGCAGGAAAAUCCGGCCUGGCGACUGCUUUUUUCUCCGAGAAGAAUAUUCCUCUUGCUAAACCACUCGUCAACUUGAUGCGGGAGGCAAAGCAGAAAGUCCCUUCGUGGCUCGUCGAGUAUGCUGAGGCGGGCCGCGAGACUCAUAAUGGCAGUGGCCGUAAAUAUGGAUACACGGGUGGGGCCCACAAUGAAUCAGGUUAUGACGAUCCUUAUGCUGUUGGCAUGAAUCUCCCGGAUUUUGGUACAUCGUACGAUAAUGAACGCACUUGGGGUGGUAAGGGUGGCGGUUGGGAAGAUGAAUCAAGAGGACGACCUAUCUCAAAAGCCAAAAUUGAGAUAAUGCUGGGGAAGACCGAGAAAUUUGAAGACUUGAUGGCAGCUGCUGCUGAAGAGAGAGCUAGAGAUGGAGAAGAGCAAACUUGA